GCGACAGUCCAGUGCCGCAACAGUGCAGCUGCCACAUAAUAAUGGAGUUAUCAGCUUUGGCCGUUUUGGGCUUGCAGAACACCAUGCAGCAUUCAUUUGGGUGAAUCCUGAUAAAUUUCGGUUUUAUUACAACUUUUCUGAUAACUUCGAUAAGAAAAUUAAUAUCGCCCACUGGCCUUGUUGCGAGCAGCUUUGCGAGCUUUGAUGAAUGCAAGCAGAUGAAUUUAUAAUUCCGAUGACUCGGAUUGUGCAUCGGCUGCUCCAAACAUCUGCUAUCAGCCACCGACGCUAGUCAUAAACGGCGCACCAUUUGCUCUUAACUCAUUUUUACCGGGAUGGUAUGGACUGAACAUCGGAUUACAAAAAAACAUGCAACGAUGUUGCUCAGGAUCUGUAGCAUAUUCCCCUGCCUUAUUGCGCUGGCCUCGUCUUUCAAUUUAGACACUCGGAUACCUAUCGUUAAGUUUGGAGAUGCCAAGUCUUUCUUCGGUUACAGCGUAUCGCAGCAUCAGAUCCAACUGCAGCCCAAUAAUCCGGGCUCUGCAUAUGAUAGUGUUAUCUUGGUGGGCGCUCCUCGUGCCAACACUACACAGCCGGGAACGGUUAGCCCGGGAACUGUUUAUCGGUGUCCCAUUACCACACGGCAGCGGGACUGUACACAAAUUGAUCUUAGUUAUUUUACUAAGAAUCAGCCGCCUCCACGGGACACGGACGACAACACAAUAAUACAGGAAAUCGCUGACGAUGGUUGGCUGGGCGUGAGUGUACGGAGUCGUGGCCCAGGUGGACCGGUGGCAGCCUGUGCGCAUCGCUAUCGUAAAGCGCAGAUGAAAGGCAGAACAGUGGAGAAUGAGAUGAUCGACGCUAUCUACGGGCAGGGAAUGUGUCAUGUCUUUGGCCAGGAUUUGACUUUGAAUCGCAGCCCACUGGAAGCCUGUGCCGGUAAACGCACAACCGGCGGUCACCUGGAUUUCGGAGUGUGUCAAGCGGGAGUGUCGUCGGAAUGGGUGGCCGGCGACGAUCAGCUGCUGAUGGGAGCGCCCGGUGCACUUAACUGGAGAGGAGCCAUUUACUCUAUUGCGACUGCGGAGGAAAUUGGGAUUGAUACCAAUUGGUAUUCGUCGGAAAAGAAUGAAUAUAAGGAGGUUGUGACUACACCGAGUUAUCUGUAUUUGGGCAUGGCGGUGACGAGUGGUUAUUUCUACGGCAAAGAUCAGUUGCCCGUAUAUAUUGCUGGUGCUCCGCGCUCGAAUUUAUCUGGAGAGGUCUUUAUAUUUCGCAAAGUUAAGCCGGCACCCAAUAAAGAACGUUCACUGGAAUUUAUCGAGAAGUUAGCAGGCGACCAAGUGGCUAGUCAGUUUGGAUACUCAUUGACAAGCGUCGACCUCAACGGUGAUUCACUUCCGGAUCUGGUUGUGGGUGCACCGUUUUAUUUCCAGUCUGACGGUCAGGGAGGGCAGAAGGGCGGCGCCGUAUUCAUUUAUAUGAACAGUGGGAAUGGAUUGGGAUUGAAAUCUGUUAAGCCAAAAAAACUGUCUGGUCCGGUUGCCGAAUCGAUGUUCGGCAUGGCCGUCGCCAAUGUCAGUGAUCUCAAUUUGGAUGGCUUCCAAGACCUGGCCGUCGGCGCGCCGUACGAUGAAGGCGGCGGUUCGGUACAUAUUUUUCAAGGAUCAUCAUCGGGAGUGAAAGACGAGCCGUCACAGAUAAUACGAGCUAGGGAUCUCCCCAUUAGUUUGUCCACAUUCGGAUAUUCCCUUUUUGGCGGCUUGGAUCUCGACGACAACGGCUAUCCGGAUGUGCUCAGUGGAGCUUAUUCGUCCGAUGCGGCGGUAUUAUUGCGUGCACGGCCUGUUAUCAAAGUUGGAACAGAUGUUAAGAAUUUGCCCAAAUAUGUGACAGAUCCUUUUACAGCGCCACAGUAUUGUCUCGAUAGUGCUGGGAAAAAUUUAACAUGCUUUACAUUUCGUCCAUGUUUCACCGUGUCCAGCCAGUCGUUGAACAGCUUCACCGGGGUUAUGCAUAUUGAAUAUCGCAUAGAGGCGGAAACAUUCCAGCGGGGAAAUAAAGCGCAGUACAGCCGUGUAAAAUUUCUGGCCGGACUUCAAGAGACUCCCAACGUGGUUAAGCGAACGGUUAUCGUGACAUGGAAUAACUGGGCUAGAGAACAGUGCGAGCGGGAAACCGUUUUGUUACAAGAAGGAGCCCGAGAUGUGCUGAAUCCUGUGUGGUUUAAGUUGACGUAUACUUUAGUUCAAGAUCCACCGACGUUCCCGGCUGAGGGGCAACCAGUGCCUGCCGUUAACAAUUAUCCGAUUCUCGAUCAGACCAAUGCAUCAAAAAUAUUUCAGGUCAAGUUCUAUAAGGACUGUGGCACCAAUGAUGUGUGUGAGAGCGAUUUGCGCAUCACCGGUUCACUAAAUUUGCCCAAGGAUGCUAAGGAUAUGUACAGCCUCGUGCUAGGCGAGAACAACCAGAUUGUAUUGAAUUUCACUUUACGCAACGAGAACGAAGCGGCCUACGAGACCUUUUUGUAUAUUGAGCACCCCAAGGAGUUGGAGUACAUUGGCACGGAUCGGCAGGCUGACAGUAAACCGUACUCGUGUGUCGUGAUUAAAGACAAGGACACCGAUCUUCCUCUGCAUGUCCGUUGCGACAUUGGUAAUCCGUUUCCCAGGUUGGGUGAAGUGAAUAUUAGCAUGCGCUUUAAUACGACCAAUCUGCAACCACAAGAUCGUCAAGUGAGCCUUACUUUGUAUGCCAAUACAACCAGCAACAACACCCAGCGCGAUCCGCUAGUUAUAACUGCCAACGUGGUCAUCAGAGCGGAUAUUCAGAUAAUUGGCACUUCCGAUCCAUCAGAGCUCUUCUAUAGUGGUGUGGUCACUGGGGCCAGUGCUAUGACGAGAGAGGAUCAAAUUGGAUUGACGGUUAACCACACUUACCAGGUGCGAAAUAGUGGACCGGCCAAACUAUCACAAUCCAAAGUGACAAUCUACUGGCCACUGGAAGUGGAAAACCGGCAGUAUCCUCAUGGAAAAUAUCUGUUGUAUCUGCUUCACAAACCGAUUACAGAUGGUCCUGUGGAGUGUAAUAUGGAUGAUAAGUAUAUCAACCCGGCAAAUAUCUCGUUAUUGACCACAGCGACCGUGAAUGCGGUUUCCGCCCAUGCAUUACGUAGCGCGAAACCUUCCGGUUCCGCUGUCAGUUCUAGUGAAGUUCUCUCGCGGACACCAUCACCGGAUGCACCUCGUAUGCGCCAAAAGCGUGAAAAGAUCGUACAAGCGGAAGAGCGUCGAGUGGACAACAAGAAAAUCAAAGUUGUCCGCAUGGGUUGUGAGAGAGAAACAGCCAAGUGUAUCAAGAUAUCUUGCCAAAUACGAGAGCUCAGCAAAGAUCAGCCCGUUGUGAUACGGCUUCGAGCUCGACUAUGGAAUAGCACGUUCUUGGAGGAUUACCGUGAUAUUGAUACGGUAGAAAUUCAGUCGUUCGGAGUUGUUGAAGUGGACACCGGCUACUUUGUGGAGGAUCCUCUGCAUAAUAACAAAUGGACCAUCCAGACCAAUGCCAAACCGGACGUCAGUGUCAUUUCCGAGAGCAGCAUGGUGGCUUGGUGGAUAAUUUUGCUAGCUGUUCUGGGCGGCAUUUUAUUGCUUCUACUAUUAAUCUGCAUACUAUACAAAUGUGGCUUCUUCAAAAGGAAAACACCUGAGGAUCUAUCCAAACGCCAGACACCCAGUGAUAUGCAUGCAGAUCCGUAUGAAACGGAAAGGAUGAGCCCGCAAAGUGACAAGUGAUCAGUUUUUUGUUAAAAAAUGUUUUGCAGCAUGACUGCACGAGCAUGCUCAAUUUGUCUUCCUACUUUUUGAACUAAGAAAGCGAUUUUGAUAUUGAAUUUGUCUGUUUCAAGUUUUUGAUGGGUUUUUCGUUGGCACGUUGUCGAAAACCAGAUGUGGACGACAACUUUUAGCAGCUCCUUCCCGAUACCAAAUUGCAUUUUUGCCUGAAAUUUUCUGUGUGUUUUUAGCGCCUUUUAUAGAACUGUAAAUGUUUUUAUCUUG